AUGAUUAAUAAAGAAAAACAAAUAAAUUAUAAAAGAAGUAUAUUUAAUCAAUAUAAAAAUUAUGAUGAAUUAGAUAUAAAUGAAGUGGCUACAAUAUUAUUGGACCAGUAUAAAAUAAUUGGUGGAAGGAAGUUCUUAGAUGUUCCUGAAGCAAAUUACCUUAUGCCAUCAGAUGAAAUGGAACUUAGGAGAAUAGAGAUUGCUCAUGUACUAAAACGAUAUGCAUGGAAAGGCAAUUUUAAUGCACCAGUUGAAGAUAUGCUGAAAAAUGGUAAAGCUGACGUUCUCGACGCUGGACAUUCAAUCAAGUGUCUUCCAAAUACAGGAUUUCUGGAAUAUAAUUUAAUAAGGGGAAUUCCAUUUCCUGACGAAACGUUUGAUUAUGUUCAUGUGUCAUCGAUGUGGUCAGCGUUUACUAAACAACAGUACAUAAAUGUAAUCCAUGAAUUAGUACGUGUAACGAAAUACAACGGAUGGAUUGAGAUUUUCGAAUCUAAUAUGGAUUAUAAAAAUUUGGGAAAUUCUAUGAAAGGUGUUCAAGAUGCUCGUAAGUUUACACAAAUAUCAGUUCAUACAAAGUUAAAAGAAAAUGGGAUUGUUCCAAAGAUAUUUUUAGAGAUAUCUAAAUGUAUUAGAUCAAUUAAUGAAUUAACUAAUAUCGAGCACAGGAAAUUGAAUGUAUUGGAGGCUAUUCAACAAUUUUAUGAAUCUGCUACAUAUAUGGCAGACUAUAUGGGAAUAUCUCAGAGCGAUUAUCAAAAAUUAAUUGAAGAUUUCGAUAAUCAAUGUAAUCAAAAUCGUACCUAUUUAGAAACCCAUAGGUUUUUUGCUAAAAAAGUAAAAAUUUCAGAAACACAAUAA